AUGUACCCUCCGAAUGACAACUACUACGGUGGUUAUCCGCCCCAGGAUACAACCGGCCGUUCGAUGGGAGGCGGAUACAACGGCUAUCCGCCCCAGAACAGCGACCGUGCGGGGCCCAGCGUCACCAUCGGCGCCGGACCAAAUGCACGGCCCAACAACCACUCGGAUAUAAACAACCCGUCGGUUGGUGCGGGCAACAAGCGAUUCAGCAUGCCCGAUGCACCACCCUUUGGAGGCGCCUUUAGCAGUCCUAUUCAGUCUGGAGAGCCUGGCGGUUUUGCCAUUCCGGGAUUUGGUGGUGGUGGCAGCGGCUAUCCUCCUCCAGCUCACCGAGGCAGCUACGGCAGCGGAUACCCUCCUGUAUCUGGUGGAUACCCUCCUGUAUCUGGUGGAUACCCUCCAGGGCCCGGCGGAUUCCAGAGUGGGCCUGGUGGGUUCCAAGGUGGAUUCGGUGGAGGGCCUGGCGGUUUUGGUUGCUAUGGUGGAGAACCUGGUGCCUUUAACAACGGGCCUUACCCUCCGAUGAGUGGUCCUCCUGGCGGUUCUGGUGGAUUUGGUAGCCCGGGCGGAUAUGGAGGCCCUGGCGGUCCAGGCGGAUACGGCAGCCCUGGCGGAUAUGGUGGUAAUCCUAGUGGUAACUUUGGUCCGUCGCCGCUACAGCAGAAUCAGCAGCAAAGGCCCAACCUUCCCCCUUCUGCAGAUACCUCUUCCUCCCAGCGGCCGCCGAUGAAUUCCAGCGCACCCAAUAUGGGUAACUAUGGAAAUCAGCAGCAGAGGCCUCCUUUGAUGAACUCCAGCACGCCCGGGAUGGGCACUAACCAGCAACAGAGGCCGCCGCAGCUGCAGCAGCAGCAACAGAGGCCGCCUCCAACGGCAACUUCCCCCCAGCUUCCGACUAUUCGCCCAAGCGUAUACCCGAAGAAACAAAAUAGCAGCACUCGCUGGGAACCAGUGAACAAAUCAACAAAGCACCAUAUUCCAACUGACGCGAUACGCAGCGGUACAUACAAGAACGGGAACAUUUACAUCGGCCGCGCCACAUACAAAGACAGCGUACAAGUCGGAAUGGCCAUUGCAUCCAAGGGCGGGUUGGUCGCACCGUGCAACGGCAGAGCCGUCUUGUUCCGCGAUUACGAGAUUUUAUGCGGAUCGGUAACCGCCUUCAAAUGGAUUCCUAUUCAAGGCAAAUUCACCUUUAAAGCUGUUGUUGGCGGAAAACCCUAUGUUUGUGGCCAGGAUAAGAAGGGUGAGCCCAUUUACGCUGCAUCAACUACUGUUGAUGGCCGUGAUUACGGCGGAAUGGUCAGCGUCAAAACCAAAAACAUGAUCUUUGUGCGUGGAGGAAAGGAGGAAAAGGCCGUUGAUUACUUUGUGUUGUGUGUUGUAGAUUAA